UUUUUUUUUUUUUUUUUUCAUCUCAGUUCUUUGUGUUGUUUACAGUUUUAUUUACAUUUUUUUUUUUGUGAUAACUGGGUUAAUUGGCACACUAUGUAAUAAUUAAUCAGCCACGUGGAGUUAACUAGGUUGUUUUUUUUUUUUACACAAUAAUAAAUAAUAAAUAAUAAAAAAUCAGUGAUUAAUUAAUAUAAACAAAUAAAAUGGUUAACAAAAAAAUGACAACAUCUAAUUGUCAUCUUGGCUCUUCAAAAACAAAAUUCAACAAUUACAAGAAAUUAUUUCAAAUAAAUGACAUAUUUCCUGAUGAUGUUAUUAAACUUGGUGAAUGUGUUGGACAAAUACCUGUUGAUAAAUUUGAGCCAAAAAAUAUUGAUGAGUAUGAAGAAGUACUUGUUGUUGAGGUAUUUUCACCUUCUCAUUUUUAUAUUCAUCAAAAAAAUAAUAUUCUUGAAUUUUAUGAAAUGAUGGAAGCAUUACACAAUUUUUAUGAGCAGUAUAAAUUACACUACAUCAUUCCAAAAAUUGCAUUACAACCAGGACUACAUGUUGCUGUUAAAUAUUUUGAUAAAUGGCACAGAGGAAUCAUCAAAAAUGUCAAUGAUUAUUCAAAAAUUGAGGUGUUAUAUUUUGAUUAUGGAACACCUGGACGUCAUCAAUCGACUGAAUUAUAUUUUUUACAAUCACAAUUUGGACAAAUGCCUGGUCAAGCUAUACAAUGUGGUUUAUUUAAUAUCAGACCAAUUAAAAUUGAAGGAUGGUCAUUACAAAUUCGUCAACAUUUUUUUAAAAAAAUUAUCAACAGAUUACUUGUUGCUGUUGUUGGAGACGUUAUUAAAAAAAAUAAUUCACUGAUGAUUGGUCUAAUUGAUACAUCACAAGAAGAGGAUAUUCAUUUGUGUGAUUGGCUUGUUGAAAAAUAUGAUGCUGAAUACAGGACAACUUCAAGUUAUCAUCAUAAUUUUCUUUAUGAAUAUGAUUUAGAAUGCAAAGGUGUACGUCCAUUAAAUAAACAACCAAUCAUUUCACUAUCAACAUCUAAUGAUAAUUCUCAUUUUAAUCAAAAAAUUAUUAAAAAUGAUUUAUCAUGUUGUCAUACAUGUCCUAGAUGUGGUUAUGAUUUUAAUGAAAAAAAAUUGGACAAAGGAAAAAUGAUAACAUCAAGUAAUAUAAAUUUAAUUGAAAAAAAAUCAUUGAUGAAUGGUGAUGACAAGUUGGUAAGUCAAGAUAAUAUUUAUGAGCCAGAACAAGGUCUUGUAACUGCAACUGGUUCAAAUGAAUCAUCUAUUGAUUCUGGUGCAAUUGAUUGGGCAUGUUUAAAAGAUACAUCUGAUGAAAAAGAUAAUGAUAAAAAAUAUGAAAUUGCUCAAAUUAAAAUAUUAACAUCAACAGAUAUUUUAAAGGACAUUGUUAAAGCAAAAACAGAUGUUGAAGUUGUUGAUCCAUUGUGUAUACAAUAUUUUAAUCAAGGUAAUUCGGAUGGCUUUGAUGUUAUCAAAGAGUCUGUUGAUGUUGGACCUGGUGAAGUUACAACAAUAGUUAAAAAAAUUACAACAAUUGAUCAAGAUUUACUGAGAUAUGAUGAUGUGGUUUUUACAUUGAAUGUUGUUCAGCAUAAUGGUGAACAUGUUACAACAUCAUUUGAUACAUCAGAAGAAGUUUUAAGUACUGAUGUUGAUGAUAAAAAUAAUGAAGAAAUUAUAACUUCAAGUGGAAAUGAUAUUCAAAGAGUAAUUAUUGAUAUUGCUGAUGUUGAUCCACAAAAUAAUGACAAUGAUAAAUUAAAUUUUAUUGAUGAAAUUAUUCCAAAAAAGAAAAAAGGAUGGGUAAAUUAUGACAAAGAAAUUUGGCAGAAAAAAAAUUAUUCUUCUGGUAGUACGGAACUUGAUUCUGAUGAUUUUUCAAGUGAAGAAGAGUUGGAUAGUUAAUUUACCAAUAUUUUGUUGAAUUAAUUAUAACAAAAAACUUUUUUUUUUUUUUUAAGAAAUUUUAAUUUCCUAUUGUUUUCGAUUUGAUAUUGAAGUCGUUGGUAAGUUUAAAAAUUUACAACUAGAUAAAUAAUUUUUUUUUUCCUUUUUAUCAUUAAUUGUUAAUCCUUUAGAAGGUAUUUAUAAAAAAAUUUGGUAAUAUGAAAUUUUAUAUUUCGGUCAACCCUUUAAAAAAUACUCUUGAGGCGAAAUAUUACUUUUACUUUUUCUUUUUUGUUUUUUUAUUAAUUGUUUUUAUUCUACUUCACAUCAGUGAUGAGACAAGCCUUAUUUGAAAUUUGUUGAUUUAACAAUUACUUUUUUAUAAAAAAAUAAACUUUUUCAUCAAUCCAGAUGUGAAAUUUCUGGAUAAUGAAAUUCCCUUGAGUUUUUUGUAUUGAGAACUCCCAUAAUUUUUCUGCUGAUUUAAUCAGUAUAGAACUAAAUAAAUUAAAAAUUUUUCUUUUAUAUUUCCACUAUUAAUUUUUUAAUAAAUUACAUUCAACACUUCAAAAUUUUCGUUUCAAUUUUUCCAUGUAAGCUUUCCCCCUGAGGAACAUGGAGGAUAAAAAUUCUUGGUUCCAGAAAGUUUUAAAAUUUCAGAAUCCUGAUUUUUCACUUUCCGGUAACUGAAGUGACAAUUUUCUUCCGACUUAAAUUUUUUCUGCAAGACGACUUGAGUGUCUAUGAUAAAAAAGUCAUUUUUUUUUCUCACUACCCUGCGAAAAGAAGUUUCACUUCAAAAAUUCUUCUUCUACAAAUCUUGUUGGAGGAAAUAUCCAUAAGAUUCGCGUUCCUAUUGAAACACUCUUACACUGCGGUUGUCUUGUAACUUUUUUAUAAAUCAAAUAAAAUUUUUCAAUUUUCUUUCUUUUUUUUUCUUUUUAAUUCAAUUUUUUAUAUUUUCCGUUUUUUUUUAUGAUUUAGAAAAAUAGUUUUAUUAUUAUUAUUAUUAUUAUUAUUAUUAUUAUUUUAAUUUUUUCUAUACACUGAUAAAAAUUUUUCCUAUGACUGGAAAAUCAUAUGGAUUGAAAAUAUCAUCCCUUUGGUUGAAAAAAAUAUUUUCAAUAUAAAGAAAAACUUUCUUGGCUUUAGAACUUUUUUUUUUGUCACCAACAAUUAUCUUCUUUAAAAUCAGUUGUUUUAAGAGUUUUUUGUUUUUUUCGCAAACAGAAAAAAAUUUUUUCCAGUCAAAAAAAACUUUUUAUCAGUGCGUAGAAGAGUUUUCUUAUUUAAAAAAUUCAGACAACAGAAAUCCAUUAAUCUAAAAAAACAAAAAAAAAAAAAAUUAAAUAGGUCUGAUAUUUGUAUCUCAUACAGUUAAAAAAAUUUGUAAAUGUUUAAAUUUAAAUGAACAUAUUAGCUGACAACUUCCACGAAGAAAUUAAUGCCCGAAUAUAUUCGGGCAUUAGGACCUAUAAGCAGAAGCUUAGUCUUUUUAUUUUAUAUAAUUUAUUCAUUUAUAAAUUCAAAAAAAGUUGACUAUAAAUUUCUACCUGCAGUAUCUCAUGAGAUGUUAGAUUUAAAAUUUCAUAUUAAAAUUAAAUCAACACCAGUUAAAAUGAAAAUUCAUUUAAAUAAUUUGGUGAUUAUUUUCAGCUAUUCCAACUUUAAAAAAAAUUAUAAAACUCUUGUAAUUAAAGAUGUAAUUAUAUCAUU